AUGAAGCGCGAGACUAGAUAUUGGAGGGACUGUGCAUUGGGAACCACAUUUCUUUCACUGCGAUUCCCUUUAUUGGAAGAAAUGCUUGUGGGCAUUGGCGAGGGGAUUAAGUCGAUGAAGCAGUUUUUUUCAGUGAUUUUGAGGUGUUUUCGCUUCAAAACAACGGUUCUAGAGAAAGCCGAGGAUGCCUGGCAAGAGAUGGUGCCAGCAUCGCGUUCCUACACUCCAUCGAAGUUCGAGGUCCUUCUGCGCAAAGAAAAACGUCAGGUCAACUCAGCAGGUAGACAGGCAGAAUCCUGCAAUGCGGCCCCUCCACCGCCAAACUGUGAGCGCGGUCCUCCUGGGCCUCCAGGAGAGCCUGGAGAGCCAGGACCCGAUGGCGAAAAUGGCCCGGACGGAAUACCCGGAGUUCCUGGAAUGUCGCGUAUGGCCGAAAUGUUCCCCAUACUGAAGUCGUGUGUGAAGUGCCCGCAGGGAGCGCCAGGCCCUGCUGGACCAAAUGGACCUCCUGGACCCGCAGGACCUCCUGGAUCUCCUGGCAGGGACGGGCUCUCUGGGGCGCUUGGUAUUGCUGGACCGCCAGGGCCACCAGGAGAUGCCGGAGAGAAUGGAUCAGCAGGGGCACCGGGAGCAGAUGGCCAACCAGGUGCUCCUGGCACCAUGAAUAUGCCUGGGACACCAGGACUGCCUGGACCUCCUGGACCACCAGGACCACCUGGUGCUGCGGGUCAACCUGGAAGCGAUCCAGGACCUGGAGCGCCUGGUCCUCCAGGAGAGCCAGGACUUCCUGGAAAACGAGGCCCUGACGGCUCCCAUGGAGUUGGAGGUGGUCCAGGGGCGGAUGGUGCUCCCGGAGCAGAUGCAGCUUACUGUCCUUGCCCACCUCGCACAGGUGCUGGUGGCGAAAAUUCUGGAUAUGGACCUGAUGGAUCAGUAACAACCGCCGUUAAGAAAGAUGUCAAACAGGCGACGAAUUGA